AUGGAUUCCAAAAAUUCCAAACAUCCUGAAGCAUCAAUAUCAAAGACCAAAGAAAAGACCUCCAGCCCACCUGCUUACUUAAUAGUGCACGCAACUGGAGAAAAACCCCUCGCUAAGUGUUCUCCUUUUUUGAUUCAAAAGUUAUUCGAAUCAACCAUCGGGCAUCUAAAAAACAUACAAAAAUUGAGGUCAGGGGACCUACUAGUAGAAACAGCCUCCCCUCAACAAACAACAAAGCUUUCGACAAUGAAGACUCUCGGAGACAUGGGAAUAUUAGUCACACCACACAGAAGUUUGAACUCAUCACGUGGUGUGAUAUCUGAGUACGAUUUGAUGUCUGAAGACGAAUCAGACAUUCAGACCGGCCUGUUGGACCAAGGUGUCACUUCUGUCCGACGCAUCUCGAUUCGUCGAGACGGCAAGUUGAUACCCACAAAACAUUUAAUUCUCACAUUUGACAACUCGACAUUGCCAUCCUUCCUUACGGCAGAAUACCUGCGCUGCCCAGUUCAUCCGUAUAUUCCAAAUCUGCUGCGUUGCUUCAAAUUCCAGCGAUUUGGACAUUCCCAGACUUCCUGCCGAAGCAAAAGCUUAUGUGCACAGUGUGGAACUGAAGGUUACAAUAGCACUGAAUGUAAAAGUACUGCACAGUGUGUGAACUGUAAAGAUGCCCAUCCUGCCUAUUCUCUUUGCCCUGCAUGGCAAAGAGAAAAGGACAUUUAA